UUGAGGUUAAGUUAUAUUUUACACAUUUUUUUCAAUACAACUAAAAAUGCCUUCGAAUAAUAAACAACUUACUGCUAAACAUCCAAAUAGUCGUCAAGUAAUAUCGAUGGCAAAAAAGCAAAGGAAAAAAAUCGCUCGAAACACCUCAAAAUUUUCAACGAUAAUGAAACAAACCUUAAUUGGAGAGAAAUUGUCUUGGUUUCAAGUAAAUUUGUUACCUGAUAAAAUCGUCUACACAAAAGAAGAAACUAAACAAGCAAUUGAAGUGUAUUUAAGUCGUUUCAAUGCUGAAUUAGAAGCAAUUAGAUCUAAGCAAAAUAUAGGAAGUCGUAAAAACCAGGUGAAUAAACGUGAAGAAGUCAUCAAAAUGACUUUGGAAAGAGAAAUUGGUGAUUAUAACAGUGGUGGUUUAGAAAUACCAGAUUUAAUGAAUGAGGGACAAUUUAAAUUAUUAAAAGAAUGGGAUGGUGAUUUAAAAUAUUUAAGUUUAUUCAAAUUAAAGAGAUAUAGCAAGAAAUGUUUGAAUUAA